GUACUCUGGGCUCUGUGUGUGUGUGUCACUGGAGCCAAGGAGGGUGGGAGGGCUUUCUACAACUCCUCAUAGAAUACCAGUUGCUGUCAUCUUUUUUCUGUCUUCAUCCUCAUCUCCUGACUUUGUGUCUUACUGUAUUUUUCCUUUUUCUUUCAGUUUCUCUAAACAUUUUUGCUUCAAUCUGGGUCCUGGUCUAACUUAUCCAGAACGGUCUGCGUAAAUAUGCUCCGCAUCAGUUUGCAGCACUCUGAACAACAUCAGCACAACUGGAAUUAAAUUGUCCAAACUGAGAACGGGAGAAGCUUUCACCUGUCAUUUCAAAGAAUCUUCAACCGCACCUACGUUGCUUCCUCAUCCCCAACCUCCCGAAGGCUGUGCACCCCUCCAUGCUGACAGAGAGAGUCCCUGUCGGCCUGAUGACCUCUGUUGUAGCCCCAGAGAAGCCCACCUCCAACACCAUGGGCCCCAAAGAGGUGGAGCUGAUCCUGGUGAAGGAGCAGAAUGGGGUUCAGUUCACCUCGACCACCAUAGUGGCUCCAACUCAUACUCAGACCAAACCCAGUGGGCAGGACGAAAGAGAGACCUGGGGGAAGAAAAUCGAUUUCCUCUUGUCUGUGAUCGGAUUUGCCGUGGACCUCGCUAACGUCUGGAGAUUCCCCUACCUUUGCUACAAAAAUGGAGGAGGUGCAUUUCUGGUGCCAUACCUGUUCUUCAUGGUGAUAGCAGGCAUGCCUCUCUUCUACAUGGAGCUGGCUCUGGGACAGUAUAACAGAGAGGGGGCAGCAGGUGUCUGGAAGAUCUGUCCCAUAUUUAAAGGUGUAGGCUUUACAGUGAUCCUCAUUUCCCUCUACGUUGGUUUCUACUAUAACGUCAUCAUCUCCUGGGCGCUGUUCUACCUCUUCUCUUCAUUCACCAGCGAGCUGCCAUGGGUCCACUGCAACAACACUUGGAACAGUCCUAACUGCUCCGACUGGGCUGACAACAGCUCAGUCAGUGAUAUCUACAAGUCCACCCCUGCUCAGGAGUACUUUGAACGACGGGUGCUCCACAUCCAGGACAGUAAUGGUAUUGAUGACCUGGGCCGUCCACGAUGGCAGUUGACUUCCUGUCUAGCUGUAGUAAUUGUUCUGCUCUACUUCAGUUUGUGGAAGGGAGUCAAGACAUCUGGAAAGGUUGUGUGGAUCACAGCCACAAUGCCCUAUGUGGUCCUGACUGUGCUGCUGGUCCGCGGAGUCACUCUGCCUGGAGCCAUCGAUGGCAUUAAGGCCUACCUCUCUGUAGACUUCCUGAGACUCUGUGAUGCCAAGGUCUGGAUUGAGGCAGCGACACAGAUCUGUUUCUCUCUGGGAGUGGGGUUUGGUGUGCUAAUUGCCUUUUCCAGCUACAACAAAUUCAGCAACAACUGUUACAGAGAUGCCAUCAUCACCAGCUCCAUCAACUCUUUAACCAGUUUCUUCUCUGGCUUUGUGGUCUUCUCCUUCCUUGGGUACAUGUCCCACAAGCACAAUGUGGACCUUGACAAAGUGGCAAGAGACGGUGCUGGUUUGGUGUUUGUCAUUUACCCAGAAGCCAUUGCAACAUUACCUGGAUCAUCAGUGUGGGCAGUCAUCUUUUUUAUCAUGCUGUUGACACUGGGAAUUGACAGUGCUAUGGGUGGGAUGGAAUCGGUGAUCACGGGGCUAAUUGAUGAGUUUAAAUGCCUCCAUAAGCACAGAGAGCUGUUCACCCUCUUCAUUGUUUCUGCCACCUUCCUCAUUUCCCUCUUCUGUGUUACAAAUGGUGGAAUGUAUGUGUUCACUCUGCUGGACCACUUUGCUGCUGGGACAUCGAUUCUCUUUGGAGUGCUUAUUGAAGCCAUUGGCAUUGCAUGGUUUUAUGGAGUGGACCGAUUCAGUGAUGACAUUGAAGAGAUGAUUGGUCAGCGACCAGGCAUGUACUGGAGGCUGUGCUGGAAGUUUGUCAGCCCCUGCUUCCUCCUGUUUAUGGUGGUGGUGAGCUUCGCCACUUUCAACCCUCCAAACUACGGCACCUACACGUUUCCUCCAUGGGCCAACAUGGUUGGGUGGUGUCUGGCUAUUUCCUCAAUGUCCAUGGUGCCUCUAUACGCCAUCUACAAACUCUGCAUACUGCCUGGGAAGUUUUGUGAUAGACUGGCCUACGCCAUCACCCCAGAGACAGAGCAUCAUUUGGUAGACAACGGGGAGGUUCGGCAGUUCACACUGCAUCACUGGCUGGUUGUCUGAAAAAUACAGAGGGAGAGAGAUAAAGAGACUGAGAGAGAGAGAGAGAGAGAGAAUGAGAGAAAAUGAGAGAGAAUGAGAGUAUGGACUUUGGGUGGAUGAAUGCAUGCACAGCAAAGGUCUGAAGAGAUAGAAAGAAAAAAGAAAUAGCCAUUUGUGUUGAUCAGGGUGAUGGGAGAUUAAAAGUGCCGAAAAAAACUAUUGUAGUGUGCUUUAAUUUCAGCAGUGGAUGUGUGAAGCUGUGCAUUGACCCUCUCCACCAUUGUGUUGACACUAGUAAAUGGGAUUCAGUCAAACCUGUAAUGUGGUGUUCGUACUGCUUCUGACCUAAAUACAUAACUCUUUAUGAAUGGGAUUAGAAUGGGAUUUCUUUGAGGCAGGUAUGCACAGUAAAUAGUAAUUGGUUUAUGGUUAUUGGGUGAAUAUUUUGGACACAAAAUCUGGAAGUGUUAAUUUCCAAAAUGCAGGAUCUGUUUUUGGAACUAACUUUUUUUGUAAUAUCAUUUCUAUUUUUUCUUUACUUUCUUAGUUUUUUUAUUGUCAAGCAGUAGGUAGCAUGUUUAUUUUAUUUUUAGUUUCUCAUUCUCAAAACAAUAUUACUGAAAUUAUAGUUGAAAUUCUUUCAAAAUGUUUCCAUUUUUUUCCAUUUAGCAGUAAGUCAUGAUGACAGGUUUCACUGAAUCCCAAUCCAUGUCUUGUUCAUUAUAUGUCUGUAUGUACUUGCUCUUUUCAAAGACUGUUAUUAUACACACAAUCCCUGUAGACUUUGAGAAAAAGACACAUACUUUUGUUACACCAAAACAAUGGACAGGAAAGAACGGUUGCUACAUCAAUAGACCAACAUAACAUCGUCUGAAUAAACUAAUACAAUGUCUGAAAAAACAUCAUCUGAGAUUUCUCACUGAGGACUCGUCAGUUACAAAUCAAUACUAUUGAUUGUCUGAAAAUAGUCACUUCCGCUUACUGCUGUCUGCCUUCAGUCAUGUUGGAUGGACCAACAGAAACAUAAUUUGACCAUGUAUAGUAGUGUAUAGCCAGACUGUCCAACAAAUUCCAACACAUGAGGUGAAUAUAUUUAAAAAAAAUAUUAAAACUGGGCCUGUCUGUAAUCAGACCUAAAUAGUCAGCCUAUUAGUGAACAAACGCUCCCUUCUAAUCAUGGCAACUUCCAUAUAACAACAUCAUCAGCCACACUGCUGAUGUAAUCAACCAAAGACUAAAGAAAAUGUCUUUCUUUUAUGUCUACAGACCACUUGAUUGUUAACUUCAUCUUGCGGGGGUCAAUCUCUCUUCCCCAUUAUAACAAAUCAGUGCCAUUGCACAUUUCACUUUAGUUUAAUUGAACAUUAGUUGUGUGUUUAUAUUCUCACAAAGUUUUCAGGUGAUGAUUUAAAAGCUCUGACUGUCACAUUUCCAGAAAGCAUAAAGCUUUAAUGUUACUGUUUACAUUAUCUUAUUAAGUGUUUCAAAGCUGCUUUGUAUUGAGCUGCGAAUAGGUAGUAUGUAAUGUAAUAUAUGAAGUAAUUUAAGUUAUAUAUAUGUGUAAGUAAAUGUAAUGUAGAGGGGAUUGUAUUGCAUUGUACUGUAUGAUAUUGAAUAACAAGACCAACAAGAUUACAGAGUAUAUGUGGAUUAUUGCUUUGUUUCUGUGAAGUUGAUACAUAUUAGCCUUAAGGACUUUGAUGAGAAUUACAUGGGAAUCCAUAUAAACUUUCUUCUUAUAAACACUUUCUGUUAAAUCAGAGACCAUAUACAUUUUUUUCAAACUUGUCAGCAAUGACUUGUUGUCACCUUGUGGUACAUGUAACACACUGAAGGGUUAAUUAUGUCCCUAACUGUAUGCCUGUGCUGCUGUACUGUGCCUUGUGGUGUUUCUGACUGUAUGGCUUUGAUUGGUACUGUCAAAUAAAAAGUAUGAUAAUUAAAUUAUUAAAUUUAAAA